CCGUCGCCGACCGACCCGGGUAACCCGCUGGAUUGGUGGAAGGACGCCAUCGUGUACCAGAUCUUCCCCGACAGGUUCGCGCCCGACCCGGCGGGUCCCCCGACCGGGGCCUCGCUUGACCCGUGGGGCAGCACCCCCACCAUCCGCUCGUUCCAGGGCGGCAGCAUAAAGGGCAUCACCGCCAACCUGGACUACAUACAGAGCCUCGGCAUAAACACAAUCUACACCACCCCGGUGUUUUUAUCCACCGCCAACCACCGGUACCAUCCCAGCGACUUCAUGAAGGUGGACCCGAUGCUGGGCGGCGAGGACGCGUUCAGGGAGCUCAUCGACGAAAUCCACAAGCGCGGGAUGCGCUUCGUUCUCGACGGCGUGUUCAACCACACGGGCCGCGGCCACUGGGCGUUCACGUCGCUGCUAGACGGGCAGGAGCAGUCUCCGUACAAGGGGUGGUUUCUGCCAAAGUCGUUCCCCGUCCGGGCGUACGACGUGGAGCGGUACCACGUCAACUACGAGUGCUGGUGGGACCUUCCCGACCUGCCAAAGCUCAACUUUAACAACGAGGGCGUGGUGGAGCACAUCCUCGACGUGGGCGAGUGGUGGGUGAAAGAGUUCAACAUCGACGGGUGGCGACUCGACUACCCCAUCGAGAUCCCGAACGAAUUCUGGAAGGAGUACCGCCGCAGGGUCCGCGCGGUGAACCCCGGCGCGGUGACCGUGGGCGAGCUCUUCGGCGUGAGGCCCGACUGCGUGGGUGAGGGGAACCACUUUGACUCGUUGAUGAACUACGCCUUUGGCACGUGUUCUCUCGGCUUUGUCGGCUGCGGCUUUGAGCUCAGGCAGGACGACGCCAUCGGCGGAGAGUACCAGGUCAUCGCCGUAGACGCGAAGGGGUUCAAGGACAACUUCGGCGAGGUGUGCGCCGCGUACCAGAAGGCGCAUACGGAGUCCAAGGGGGGAUUGGGCGGCGGAAGCGCACACCCCUCGAUGCUGAUGAACCUGUUUGACUCUCAUGACACCGCGCGGGCGCUCUGGAUGCUGCAAGGGGACACGGCGGCGCUCAAGAUGCUCCUGCUGAUGAUGGCGUGCGCACCGGGGCCGUCGAUGUUGUACCAGGGCACGGAGGUUGGCCAGACGUCGGCUAACGGUCUGAAGGGCGCCGGGCGCGACCCCGCAAACAGGGAGGCUUUCCCGUGGCACAAGAAGGAGGACUGGGAUGUCGACCUCCUGGAGCACGUCAAGGGAGUUAACCACCUGAGACGCGACCUUUACGCGCUGCGAAGGGGCGGACUUCGAUGG